AUGUCGGAGCCUGAUUCAAACAGUCCAGCGUCAGCGCCGACUAAACGACCAAGACCCGUCAUCUCGUGCCUCGAGUGCAGGCGCAAGAAGCUGAAAUGUUCGCGCACGCAUCCAUGCCAGCAGUGCGUCAAGAUAGGCAAGCCCAGCAGAUGCGAAUACCAAGCCGGACAGGAACCCGAGCCAAACGUUGACUACUCAGCAUCUUACAACGCACCGAACAAGAGACCGCGGCUACUUCUACCGCCCGACUACAAUGAGGACGAAGCAUCCUUGGAGAGGAUCGACACUCGCAGGCAAGGUCCUGUCGCGGCAAAGUCAGGCGUCCUUGAGGAUCUGCAGGAAAGAGUAGCUAGGCUGGAGAGCGCUCUACUGGCCCAAAAUGCACAGAUGAAUCGCGAACCAGCCCCUUAUUCACACUCAACUGGUCCUCCUGAUUCGAGGAGCAGCGCGGAUGAGACUCGACAUCUGGGAAGGUCGAUUCAUAUCAGUUCGAAGUUCAGUGGUGCCUGUGCAUUUUUGUCCAGGUUGCAACAUGAUUCCAGCACUACCCAGAUACUCCAGCUGCGAGCAGACCUCACGGAGCUUCAUUCCUCAGUCGAGAGCAACCACCGUGAGCAGAGAAGUCAGGCCACAUCAGCCUCCUCAAAUACUCGCCAUACUCUACAACUCCCUCCCUUCGAAAUCUGCCAGAAGCUGGCAGUGCUCUACUUUGACAACAUGGAACACUGUUUCCGGAUCUUGCUCUGGUCCGAGUUCAGAGACCAGCUGGAUCUUCUGUUCUCCGAGGGCGAGACCGCCUGCAGGUUUGGCUUCAUCCCACAACUAGUCGGUGCUCUCGCUAUCGCCGUCCUACUAGGCACGCAUCAGGAAUGUGAAGCUGCCGCCGCAUACAGGACGAUUAGCGCGACUGAGGCAAUACACUUCAUGGAGGAAUUCCUGGGGGGACUACACCACGAUGACAGAUAUCGCUUACCGGCGCUUCAAGUGAAGAUGCUCGUGCUCAUCUGCCGGUGGCUAAAUCUGGAACCGUUUGACAACUUGUUCCGGCUCAACGGUGAACUGCUGAGGGAUGCCCUGGUGAUGAAGAUGGACCAGGAUCCGACGGUCCUGGAUAACGUCAGUAUAUUUGAAGGCGAACUGCGAAGACGCAAUUGGAUGACGAUCAUCGAAGUCGACCUCAUGCUCUCGAUCUUAUGCCAGCUGCCUUGUUUGGUGCCCCCUUACACGUCGCAACCGCCACGAAACGUGAACGACGAUGAGAUUUUCGAGCGCAUGUUGGUUCUUCCUGCUUCGAGACCGACGACAGAAUGGACUGAUGGACUCUGUCAAUACCUUCUCGCGCAGACUUUUCCUCGCAGAGUGUCGGCCUGCGCACAGUUGGACAAACUCAGCCGUGUCACAGCCGAAGAUAUUCUCCCACAUAUUCGAUAUCUGGAACAGGUCCUCCAGGAGCUGCCCGCUCCUUUGCGCUUCAACUACUUGGGCGACGAGGCGAGUAAGACUCCCGCUCGCCUGAUGGCCAGGAUGGAGCUUGACAUAAGUAUUCGCAGACCCCUGAUGCAUCUAUACUCGCGCGGCGUCCUAUCCCCGGACUUGGAAGACGUGCCGCGCGACAUCCGAGCUGGUUAUCUGCAAAGCUGCCUGAUGAUCGCAAACUACCAGGAUCUGUUUGAUCCCCAAUAUUCGGAGCUUGACGUCCCACGGCCACACGGGUACUGGGAUUUCUUCUACAGCUGCUACCGACAGGAACUGGGUCAAGCCACCCUCGGUCUCUGUGUGGAAAUCAAGAACCUGAGCUCUACCAUUCAUGCAAACGGUAAUGGCUCGACAAAUCCAGCGUCGUCAUCAUCAUCAUCCGAUAUCCCGGCCAAUACCGUCGUGAAAGCGUCGCCUUACACCCGAGAGAGUCUGAUAAACGCAGUCAAGGACACAUUGGAGCCCAUGAGACGUCGGCUACCGCACCGCGCGUCCAAGGUCAAAGAUAUCGUCUACUACGAGACCAUCCUGACGUCUCUGCUUCCAGAAACGGCGGGCCAAGCCAAGGAAGUCGUGAUAACCGAGAGACUGCAUUCCCUUGUCCGCGAGUGCCGAGUCGAAUUGGAACGAGCAGCCGUCACAAACGCCUCUGCUUCCGCCCACGACGCCGGGCAUGACAUUCCUGACGGCAACAUCUCCAGCUUCGACCCUCUCUGGGAAGGGUUUCCAAAGAUCGACAUCUUCGAGCCACUCGACUUUGCUCCUGCGUCGGCAGAUUCGCGUCCCUGA